AUGGAACCAACUUGUAUUCAUGGUGAUUUACAUAUUGGUCAAUUUCAUUAUUAUUUUGAUGAUAUCAACAAUGAACGAAUAUUUAAAAUACGACGUCAUAAAAAAAUCAUUGCACCAUUUACAUGGGAUCUCAAACGUUUAGCAACUAAUCUUGUACUUAUUGCUUAUCAUCAAGGUUUUAGUGAUACUGAAAUCAUUGAAAUAUUACAUGUUUUUAUUCGACAAUAUAUUAAAUGUGUUAUAACAACAACAACAACAACAACAACAGACAAGAUGAUUUUAUGCAAAAAAAAAUUCUAUUGA